AUGGCAUCCAUGGUUCAAAAGAUAGCUCAAAUCACCCUCAACAAUCAUAAUGCGAGCUAUGCUUCUUCUACUUCUAUUCCUCCAAGGCAAAUUAUGAUGUGUGACUUAUGUGGGGGAGAGCACAAUUUGGGAGAGUGCUUAAAUGAUGAUAUGGGGUCUCAAUCUACUUUGGAGCAUGUUGAUUUGGUAGGAUAUGGUAGGCAACAACAAUCAUACCAACCGCAAGGAGCCUACAAUCCUAAUGCAUCAAGGAACCACCCCGGUUUUUCUUGGAGUAAUCCGAUGGGGGCUGCAAAUCCCCAAAGUUUUGGCAAUAAAGGACCACCACCGGGAUUCCAAGGGCAGCAAAAUUAUAGAGGUGGUCAACAACAACAAUCUAGGCAAAAUUUAGGAUUUCAAAAUCCUAAUGCGCAACCGAGGCAACCAUUAGAGAACCCUCCUCCACCAAAUUGGGAAGCCAUGCUAGAUAUGAUGGUUAAAUCUCAAAUGAAAAGCGAAGAGAGGUUUAGGCAAGUUUCGGAGAAGUUGGACCAAUUGAGUGCUCAUCAUAAAAUGCUAGAAAAUCAAAUUGCCAAUCAAGCCUCAACCUCUAGCACUAAAGUAACCGGGAAGUUGCCCGCUUGUCCCGAAAAUCCUAGAGAGCACAUGAAUGCCAUUAUCACUAGAAGUGGAAAGCAACUUGAAGGUCCACAAUUGCCUACCAAUGAUCAAAUUUUGGAGCCGGAAGUUGAAAAUGGAAAGUUAAAGGAGGAUGUUGUUGUGCAAAGCAAAGGAAAUGAUUCUUGCCUAUUCAAAUCCAAAGAAGAUGAAAUCCAAAAGCUUGAACCUUUGUUGAGACAAAUUCCACCACUCCCGUUCCCACAAAAAUUCAAGAAAGCUAAGGUGGAAGAAAGAAGGGCAAGGUUCUUGAGCUUGAUCAAGCAAUUGGACAUUUCUAUUCCUUUGCUUGAUGCCAUCACCGAAAUCCCCUCUUAUGCAAGAUUUUUGAAGGAGAUUCUAUCCAACAAGAGGAGAUUUGNUUGA